AGGUGCACACCUCUUCACCACCGAAUCGCAAAUUUUGACAUUCGAAUGCGGUCUCGGCUCAUCGUCCGAGAUCUCGCUGCUAGAGGUUUAUGAGGUGUUUGGCUGUCGUCUAGCGAGCUGCGAUACAAAUCAACACUGGCAUCUUGUGUGGAGUCAGCGAUAUCAGCGUCGCGAUAUCAGUGUGGCGAAAUCAGCGUAGCGGCGACAAGAAACACUGUCAAUUCGUUAGGUUGCACUUUAUGUACACCACACAAACUGUAUCAUUCUGGUUUAACACUAGACCAUUCACUCGUAAUAAUGGAGACCGAGGCCAAGGCGCUGCUUGAGGAGCUCCGGGCGGCGCAGGAAGAGCACGAGCGUGCUCUUGUAGCUGCAAACCAAGUGCGCAACAGGCUCGACCGUGCACGAAAGGAAUAUGAAGAAGCUCGAGCUGCAGAAAAGGCCAGCGAGGACGAAUUGGCAAAGGCAGCAGAGGCUCUGGCGUGUGGUCUCCAGAAUCUCGAAGUGGACAGCGAUACAGCAGAGCUGAAUGCUACAGUGCCUCCGACAGUGGACUCUCUAGUGGAGUACCAUGCAAACAUCGGCUGUUACCAGUGCUAUCUCUUCUUAGACCGCCACAUACAGAGCAACAAACAAGAGGGGACCUUCGAUGUGGCAAAACUCCUCGUUCGUGUAGAAUUUCCACGCGUAGAGCUUACAUUCCAAAGCCAGGGUGACAAGGAAGACGUAUUAGUUAUCUGGUGGACGGAAAUUGAGCGGAAUGUGGACGUCUCGCAGUGCGUAUUGGAAGAUAAGGACGAUCACUGGUAUCUGCGACUCCCCAUCCGUCCAAGUGACAAGCAACCGCUGGGAGGGUUCUCCUCAUUCACCCAAGUAUCUAACAUUGAGUUGCAAUCGGAUAGCUACACGUCGGUGUGUUGUCGAAACUGCAACGCACAGUUACUUGGAACCACUAGGAUCGAGAAGGUGCUACCGUUACCGUCUGCUAAUUGGAUGGAUAUGUUUGACUUCUGGGGCGCUGGCAUCGGAGCUUUCGAGCACAUUCCUCGUGAUGAUAUUCAUGCUCAAAAGCACCGAGUGCUCGUCGGAGAGUCAUACGUGCUGUUACACGCUAGUGACUUUUUGACGGAUGCAACGGUUGGAGUCUGUGAGGACGCUGCUGUUGAAUCUAAAGAGGAGCGCGAGUGGAUGCCGCUGACCUGUGCUGCGUGUUCGGAACGUGUUGGUUUGUCCAAUGUAGAGCAGCCAGAUACAAUUCGUCUUCACAAGCACUUGGUCAUUGCUGGAAAGCACCUGAAAUCCUCUAUUGACGACGACAAUGUGUUUGCCAAGUACACGAUCGACAGUAUCCUCAGUGCCAAAUUGUUGGAAAUGGCGGAUGCAGAUGGAAAAUUUCGGUUCAUUUUGACGUCGAGUGAUGAUCAUGAUCACGAAUUUCAGAAAUGCAGUCAUUCUCCUGCCACUGGAGAUGGAUCAGAGUUGCUACUGCAAUUGCUUAGCUGGGAGACGAUGAUCAAGCAACAGGAUGCGACUAAAUUCCGUCGCGUUCUGAAGGUUCUGUACGGUCCUCCUCAGUCGAUGCCCGCGAUUCCCGGACUCUUGCCUUCACAGGAAGUGGCACUGCCUCCAGCCAUGUACUCUGCCAUCGCCAAGCGACUUGAAACCAGCUCGACGCUGUUACCCUCGUCAUUGCGGACAUUUAACCGGAUGAAUGUUGGUUAUUUGUUCGCAUGACCAUCAUUCUGACAUGUAAAUAAAAAAUCAAUGAAAAAAAAAAAAAGAAAAAACUA